GGCUCCCUAUCAACAACUGCUAUAACCACUCAUAACUAUGGCUCCCUCUCUCCUUCUCCGCCUUCCCUCCUCCGCCCCGGCCACCUCCAUAGCUCACUUCCAACAGACAAAUAUGGCGAAACCCAGAAAAUUUUCAACCCAAAUUCGCUGCAUAGGAUGGGACCCAGAAGGCGUGUUAGGACCAGCGCAAGGAGGCCACAUCGCAAGACUGGAGUUCAAGAGGCGCCUGGAUAAAGAUGCCGAUGCUCGAGAUGCUUUUGAACGCCAGGUUCGCCAAGAAAAAGAGCGUCGCCGCACUGUUCGCGAGUCUCGUGCUGUACCAGAUAUUGUUGCAAAACUCGUCGAGUAUUUUCUUGAUACCGAAGCUCGAGAGCUGGAAUUUGAGAUUGCUAGGUUGAGACCUCGAUUGAAUGAGGAGUUCUUUUCACACAUUCAGCUGGAAUUGGGAAAGUUGAGAUUUGCUGUAUCAAAAACUCAGGAUAUGGAGGAUAGACAAAUUGAGUUAGAAGCUCUGCUAAAAGCCCUUCAGGAAGGAACAGAAGCCUAUGAUAAAUUGCAAGCAGACCUUGUAACAGCAAAGAACAGCUUGGCCAAGAUUUUGACAUCAAAGGAUGUAAAGACAACUCUAUUGGAGUUGGUUGAGAAGAAUGAGUUAAAUAGAUCCCUACUGACACUUCUCGAUGAGAAUAUUGCAAAUGCAUUCAGGGCUAACCAGAAGGAAGCAGCAGAAUAUAUGUCAAAGCUUCGGGGUGCUGUGCUGAAGUAUAUAACUGUUUAGCAUCGGAUUGGACAAACAUCAAGUACUCUUCCUAUCAUUUUGGUCAAAUGCUCACAAUCAUAUCUGAUAUUUACCACGCUUCUAAAAUGCACACUCGAAUGGUUAAUUGUACCCAGUUAACCAAAUAAUAUGCUUAAGAAGCUAAGAUCACUGUUGAAGUUUAGAUAUGAAACAUAAUAGAUAGGAUUACCACUUGGAUUGCAUCUGGUACAUUCAAGUUCUACUAUUUGUGGGUUUAAUCAUGAAGCAAUUGCUUUUAUUUCGAAACUUUAUUGGCUGAUCUUAGAUUUUUUUCUUUUUACCAAAUCUUAUUAUGGCUAUGGAGCUGCCAUUCAGGAAUUCUUACUUACUUUAUAUUUUUAUCGUACUUUUAGCUGUUAUAUGGAUGAAAAAUAUACUACUGUUUUUGCAUCAUUGGCUACAAACAGUUCUGAGAUUCAAACAUUAACUUCGAUUUGUCACUAAAAUACUGGAACAAUAUUUUGUUUGGAAAA